AUUUACUCUAAGGAUCUAUUCACUCCGUACUCCGUAUCGCGGCGAAAAUACUCUGUGCUGUGAACUAAUUCCGCACUCGAGCAGACUAGUUGGCUUUUUUACCACAUUGAGAAUAGAUCAUAACCACGCGUCAGUCUACGCGAUUCUUGACGCGUUGCGUCCAGAUUGUUGGUUAAACCACCGGUAAUCCAGCAUACUUCAGUUCUGUGUCCUGCGCGCAUGCAACGGUGUCUCAUAUAUUAUCCACAAUUGGCCUCGGUUUUUCUACGUCCCACGGACAAGUCGAUUCCCUUUCCGACCCAAACAAAACAACAUGUCCAGCCCAGCAGGCCAGAAGCGCAGUGCUAAUCAUUUAACGACCUCACCCGUCGAUGCGAAGAAGCCCAAGAAUGGUAGUAUCAUGUCCUUCUUCGGUCCUCCCAAGGCUAAGACUGUUGGACCUAAGUCAACGUCAUCUUGCUCAUCCAGCUUCAACAAGCAAGGAUGGGUAGCGUCGUUGACCCCGGAACAGAGGAAGCUCCUGCAGCUUGAGAUCGACACGUUAGAUGAAAGUUGGCUAGCUCAGCUGAAAGAGGAAUUAGUGACACCCGAGUUUCUAGCAUUGAAACGUUUCCUCGAAAAGGAAAAGCAAGCGGGAGUCAAAAUAUUCCCCCCGGAGAACGAAAUAUAUUCUUGGUCUCGACAUACGCCCCUUCACCAGGUGAAGGUAGUGAUUGUCGGACAAGAUCCCUAUCACAAUCAUAACCAGGCUCAUGGCUUAGCAUUCUCAGUCCGACCUCCGACUCCAGCCCCUCCCUCCCUAGUCAAUAUCUACACAGGUAUCAAAAACGACUACCCGUCCUUUCAACGACCACCUAACAAAGGAGGGCUUCUGACACCAUGGGCUGAGCGUGGAGUUUUGCUUCUUAACACCUGUCUAACAGUCCGUGCACACCAAGCUGCUAGUCACUCAAACAAAGGAUGGGAACGUUUUACACAGAAAGCAAUUGACAUUGUAGCUAGAGUGCGAUCUCACGGAGUUGUCUUUCUUGCAUGGGGUACGCCCGCCGGGAAGCGUGUGGCAGGUAUUAACCGACAGAAGCAUUCCGUACUUCAAUCAGUUCAUCCUAGCCCACUCAGUGCAUCCAGGGGCUUUUUCACCAAUGGACAUUUUAAAAAAUGCAACGAGUGGCUGGCUGAACGUUACGGUCCAGACGAAGUUAUUGACUGGAGCCUGACUUCGAGAACAAAAACUACCGGCCCUCUCGCCACUAUUCAGAGUCCUUCCGCCUCCGUUGACAAACUAGCAGACUCUGCUACAAAGAAAUCUGAAUCUCAAGCCCUAGAGUCGGCUGAAAUGGUCACACAGCCCUUGGAGCUCCAAAAUACAGAUGAGUUUGAUGAUGAUGCCGAUGCCCUCGAAGCUCUAGCAGCUGCAGAGACAGCGAGCUAAAUGUGUCAUACUAGCUUUGGUGUUUUUGUUCUGCCUAUUGAGAGCAAAUACAAAUCAAGUGAGGUCAUAAUCAACGCUCUUCGGCGUCGCUUGGAGCUCUUGUGAAUGUAUGUUGAGUUUCUACAUAUGCUGGAACUGUAAUCUACACCUUCAGA